CACAAGUGUUUAUAUUUAUACAGUGUAAAAUUAAAAAAAUCUUUUCAAAAUUCAAAAACUAUGGCAUUAAAUUAUAAUGCCAAAUAGGUAAAAAUACUGAAAGCACCAGUGGUAAAACGUAACUCUUCUUUGUUAUAAAAAGAGACUACAAAGUGCCCUUACCACGAAAGAAAUUAAUGCUUGCAACAGCAUAUUUUUUAAAGGUUAAAAGUUAAAGAAAAAAAACAAUAAUUUGACCAGACACCUGCUUUUCUGAAAAAAUUAAAGAGAAUUCUACAAAAAUGUCUGAUGCAGCAUAUAAUAAAAAGAUGGAAGAGUUACAGAGGUUUAUUCCAUUCUUGGAAAAACUAAUAGAACAGCUUAAAACAGAUCCAAAUAAAAAGUUUCAACUUAGCAAAAUGGAAUCUUUAUAUACUAUGAUUACAGUUAAAAAAGUAAAGUUCGAGACCUUAAGUAAAUGUAAAGAUGUUAUCUCAAAAAUCUACAACAAAAUGAAUCCCCAACCUAUUGAAUCAGAUAAGGACACUAAUAGGAUGAUCAGCUGUAGCUCCUCAGAUAAUUCCACAGCUUUGGCAUCAUCAGAAAGAAUACUACAUCGGUCUAAAGACUGUUAUGGAAGCUCAAGUAAUAGUAUUAAGGACAAUCUAAAAUCAGAUGAGCAGAACAAAAAAUCUUCUAUAGGAAACGUCACGAUGAUUUCAAAGCCUCCUAUUAAUCUUGACGAUAUAAAAUGUAUGCAGAUUGAUGUACAGAAAAAACUAAAUAGGACAUCUAGUAUUACAGAAUCGAGUGAUAAACAAAACAUGGUGCCUAUCGAGUCAAUGGUUACUAUGAAUCAAAAACAUGAUUAUUUAAAAGACUGCCUAAAAGCUGAUUACAAUUUGGAUUUAGCAAAUAGGGAUGUAAAAGAUCAUUCGAAUAGAUUGCAGUUAAGUAAAGCUGAUCCAUUAUUUCCUAAUGUAAGUCCCAUCAGUAUAGAAGAAGAUUCCAGAGAUUUUGAUAGUGUUUUAGAUAAACUCAAAGAAAUCCAUAAAGAGCCAGAUGUAAAAGAUCAAUCGAAUGAAUUGCAGUUAAGUAAAACUGAUCCAGUAAUUCCUAAUGUAAGUUCCGACAGUACAGAAGAACAUUCCAGAGACUUUGAUAGUGUUUUAGAUAAACUCAAAGAAAUCCAUAAAGAACCGGAUGAAUACAGAUAUGUAUAUAUACAUAAAGAAAAAAAUGAAGCAGAAGCAAAAACAAUUAAUGGAAGCGAUGAAACCUCUCCAACAAAAAACAGUAAAGAUAAUGAACAUCAGAUUGCUCGUGAAAUGAAUGUAUCUCAAACAAAUGAUCCACUUUUGGACAAUCAAAGAAAUACAAAUUUGUCUAAUACUGGCGAACAAGAAUUGAUCAAAAAUAAAAUUGAAAAUUUUGCGUCUGUGUGUGAGAUAGGAAAUGAAAAUUGUAAAAAAGAUGCUAAAAGUAAACAAGAUGAACCAGAUAGGAGCAAAGUGAAUGUAUCCAAAAAGGAUGGUCAACUUUUAGACAAUUAUCGAAAUGCAAAAUUGUUUAAUACUAUUGAACAAGAUUCAACCAAAAAUAAAACUUUUAAUUUAAAUAAAUCUAAAACGAAUUUGGAACCACAUUAUUCAACAGAGGCACAUUCAAGUGAAGAUUUUGUAUCUGCAUAUAUAUUAGAAUGCAAUGCUUCCAGACAGAAAGUUAACCAAUCAUUCAAUAAUAAUUCCAAGGAACCACAUCAACAUUAUCAUGCUCAACAUACUGGCCCAGUAAUUCUUCCUUCAUCUAAUCUUAUUCCGCCUCUUUUAUCAGUUGCUGCACCGUAUCACCAAGACCAGAAACAGAACACAAGUUCAUCUGGCCUCUUUAAUAAAGUGAUCCAUAAGGAAGAAACUAGUAGAGAUCCUAGUGUGAUCAGAAAUGUAAAAGAUAAAUGGUCACAAGAUAUUAAAGAUCCUAGACUGAAUAAAAAUAUAGUAAGUAAUAGAAAGCCAAAUAGAGAGCAAGUAAAUAAGGUAACUAAACCAAAUUUAGACGUAGCGGAAAAAGGUAAGGAGGAUAUAAGACUUAUUCUAGGAAGAUCUUCUAGUAUUGAAGACCCUCGAUCUGACGAAUACCAGUCAAAAUUUGAUCGGAUACAUUCAAGAAUAAAUAGACAAGAAUCAUGUACAAGAUCAAAAUCACCCGAAAAUACUGGUACCAAACCCAACUUAGAUUUAGAAGAAAAAAGUGUUGUGGAUGUAAAACUAAGUCGAGGAAGAUCAUCUAGUCUUGAAGACUCUGGAUCUGACCAAUAUGAGACAAAAUUGGAUCGGAUCUAUCCAAAAAUAAAUAGACAAGAAUCAUGUGCAAGAUCAAAAUCAUCAGAAAAAACUGUUGCUAAACCAAACUUAGAUGUACCAGAAAAAAGUAAUACGGAUAUAAAACUACGUAGAAGAAAAUCAUUAAGUAUUGAAGACUCUAGAUCUGACGAAUACAAGUCAAGAUUUGAUCGGAUGUAUUCAACACCAGAAAAAACUGUUACUAAAGCAACUUUAGAUGUAACAGAAAAAAAUAAUAGUGGUGUAAAACUAAGUAGAAGAUCAUCUAGUAUUGAAGACUCUCGGUCUGACCAGUCAAAAUUUGAUCAGAUGUAUUCAAGAAUAAAUAGACAAGAAUCGUGUGCAAGAUCAAAAUCACCAGAAAAUACUGGUACCAAACAAAACUUAGAUGUAGCAGAAAAAAGUGUUGUGGAUGUAAAACUAAGUCGAGGAAGAUCAUCUAGUAUUGAAGACUCUGGAUCUGACCAAUAUGAGUCAAAAUUGGAUCGGGUCUAUCCAAAAAUAAACAGACAAGAAUCAUGUGCAAGAUCAAAAUCAUCAGAAAAAACUGUUACUAAACCAAAUUUAGAUCUAGCAGAAAAAGAUAAUAGUGGUGUAAAACUAAGUAGAGGAAGAUCAUCUAGUAUUGAAGACUCUCGGUCUGACCAAUCCGAGUCAAAAUUUGAUCGGAUGUAUUCAAGAAUAAAUAGACCAGAAUCGUGUGCAAGAUCAAAAUCACCAGAAAAUACUGGCACUAAACUAAACUUAGAUGUAGCAGAAAAAAGUAAUGUUGAUAUAAAACUAAGUAGAGGAAGAUCAUCUAGUCUUGAAGACUCUGCAUCUGACCAAUAUGAGUCAAAAUUGGAUCGGAUGUAUUCAAGAAUAAAUAGACCAGAAUCAUCUGUAAGAUCAAAAUUAUCAGAAAAAACCCUUACUAAACCAAAAUUAGAUGUAACAGAAAAAAAUAAUAAGGCUAUAAAACUGGGUAGAGGAAGAUCAUCUAGUAUUGAAGACUCUGGAUCUGACCAAUAUGAGUCAAAAUUGGAUCGGAUUCAUCCAAAAAUAAAUAGGCAAGAAUCAUGUGCAAGAUCAAAAUCAUCAGAAAAAACUACCACUAAACCAAAUUUAGAUGUACCAGAAAAAAGUAAGAAAGGUAUAAAACUACAUACAUUAAAAUCAUCUAGUAUUGAAUACUCUUGUUCUGACCAAAACGAGUCAAAAUUUGAUCGGAUGUAUUCAAAAAUAAAUAGACAUGAAUCAUGUGCAAGAUCAAAAUCACCAACUAAAACAGAUUCAUCUUCAUCAGAUAGUUCACAUGGGCACAAAGAAAAACAUAAAAAUAGUGCAGGGAAUGGGUUACAAAGUUUUCGAAUACCUAAGAAGAACAAGGAAGGAAAAGAAAAAGCUAAAGAACCAAAGGCUAAAGCGAGUAAAGAAACUGUUCGUCAAGAUGAAGUAAAAAAUCAUCAUCCAAAUAAAAAUGUUAAUCUUAAUAACUGUCAAGGAGACACACCAACUAAAAUAGUUUCAAUUCCAUCAGAUAGUUCACAUGGGAACGAAAAAGAACAUGAAAAUAGUGCAGGAUUUGGAUUACAAAGUUUUCGAAUACCUAAGAAGAACAAGGAAGGAAGAGAAAAAUCUAAAGAACUAGAGCCUAAAACGAGUAAAGAAACUGUUCGUGAAGAUGCAGUACAAAAUCAUCAUCCAAAUAAAAAUGUUAAUCUUAAUAACCGUCAAGGAGACACACCAACUAAAAUAGUUUCAAUUCCAUCAGAUAGUUCACAUGGGAACGAAAAAGAACAUGAAAAUAGUGCAGGAUGUGGCUUACAAAGUUUUCGAAUACCUAAGAAGAACAAGGAAGGAAGAGAAAUAGCUACAGAACUAGAGCCUAAAACGAGUAAAGAAACUUGUCAAGAUGAGGUAAAAGUUAAUGUUAAUAAUGGUCAAGGAGACAGCAAAGAUUCAUUGAACUGUGUAAACAAAGAACAAUAUGUUCCAGUGUCGCAACCACGAAUGCCAAAUAAAACAGACUUGAACAAAAAAUUAGAUGGAAGAGACAUUGGGAACAGUUCAAGUAUUGAUAUGGCUGAAUUGAAAGCUCCUUUAGAAGAUCCAAUAAAUGGAUUAAAAAUUCUUGAUAUAUCUAAACCAAAAAGGAAAGAAAAAAAAUCUAGACAAAAAAGAAAAACAUUUUCCUCUGCUUUAUCUCAACGAUGUUACAUGCUAAAAAAUUUACUAGACCAGGAGCACAAAGACAGAAAUGUUUAUUUAAAAUUAAAAAAGAAACGAUCUGAAAUUCAAAAGACUAAACACCAAAAGAUUAAUAUGAAUGAAGAAAUUAAUGAAUCCGGAGUACACUAUAACCAUCCAAAUACAGAUAUUUUAGCAUCAACUGCAAAUGAUAUUCCAAAUGAAAAUGUUUUAGCAUCAACUUCUAAGCCAGUAUCAACAACGAAUGUUAUCCCAAAUAAAACAAACCUUAAUAAAAUCUUAAAUGAUAGAGAAACCGUGAAUAUUGAUGAUGACACAUUAGCACUUUGUAAAGAACGUUCAAAACAAAAGUUCCGAAGAUUUUUAGAAUACAGAAAGAAACAGGCACAAAUUCGAAAGUCUAAACAACAAAAGAUUACAACAAAUGAAGAAAUUAGGGAAUCCCGAUUACACCAUAAGCAUCCGAAUAAAAAUAAUCCUAGUCUUGGCGAAGGGAAAAGUAAAGACUCUGUAAAUAAAACAAAACCUGUUUUAGCAUCAACUGCAAAUGAUAUUUCAAAUAAAAGACAGCUAAUUAUAAACUUAAAUACAAAAGAAAUUGAGAACAGUUUGAAAUGUAAAGAUAAUAAUGUAUUAUAUGGACAUCCGAUAUCCAAACAGAAAAAAGAUGGAAGAGAAAUUGCUACAAAACAAGACAUUGAAACAAGUAUCACUAUCAAGCAAAAUGAAGUAAAACAUUACAAUAAAAAUUUUCCAAAUAAAACUGACCUUAAUACAAACUUAGUUAAAAGAAGAAUUAAUGACAAUGAAGCAUUAGAAGUCUGUAUAGAAGGAGCAGGUAGCUUAGAAGGUAUUCCAGUACCCAAAAAUAACCUAGAGGACAAGAGAAAAGUAAAAAACCCGGAGACUCAAGCUAUUACUCAAGAUAAAAUAGAACACGAGCAUCAAAAUAAAAAUGUUGAUCGUAGUAAAGGUUCAGACGAAUACAAAGAUUUAUUGGACUAUUUAAAUAACACAAAAUCUAUUAUUGUAUCAACUGCGAAUGAUAUCUCGAAUACAAUAGAUCUAAAUGAAAAGGAAAUUGAGAAUAGUACUGUUUAUGUUAAUAGCAAUACAUUAAAUGCAUGUAAACACGAUGCAAGAGAUGCAUUACAGAGUUUUCAAAUAUCUAAGGAGCUACAGAAAGAAAGAAAGAAAAACGUAGAGGAUAUUGAAAUGAGUAUAGAAAAUCUAAAUCAAGAUGAAGUAGAGAACGACCAUCAAAAUAAAAAUGUUGAUCGUACUCAUGGUGAAGAUGCGUAUAAAGAUUUAUUGGAGUAUUUGAAUAACACAGAAUCUACUAUUUUAUCAACUGCGAAUGAUAACUCAAAUGAAAGAGAAAUUGAAAGUAGUACCGUUUCUGUUGAUAUCAGUACAUUAGAUGUAUGUAAACAGAGUUAUCUAAUAUCUAAAGAGCUGAAGAAAGAAAGAGAAGAAAAAACAGGGGAUAUUGAAAUGAGUAAAGAAAUUAAGGAAGAUAAAGUAAUAUCUAAAGAGCUGAAGCAAGAAAGAACAGAAAAAGUAGAGGACAUUGAAAUGAGUAAAGAAAUUAAGGAAGAGAAAGUAAUAUCUAAAGAUUUGAAGGAAGAAAGAGAAGAACAAGUAGAGGAUACUGAAAUGAGUAAAGAAACUAUUAAGCAAUACGAAGUAGAACAAGAUCUUCUAAAUAAAAAUGUUGAUGAAAGCCUUGGUGAAGGAGAAAUGAAAGAUUCAUUGAGCUGUUUAAAUAAAACAGAAUCUAUUACGGCAUCAACUGCGAAUGAUCUCCCAACUAAAACAGAUAUCAAUACAAGCUUAAAUAUAGUAGAAAUUGAUGACAGUCCUCUGUAUGUUGAUCAAGAGCUAAAGAAAGAAAGAGAAGAAAAGGUAGAGGAUAUUGAAAUAAGUAAAGACAUCAAUACAAGCUUAGAUAUAAUAGAAAUUGUGGACAGUCCUCUGUAUGUCCAUAAGGACCCAUUAGAGGUAUGUAAAGAGGAUACAACAGAUGUGGUACAGAGUUUUCAAAUAUCUAAAGAGCUAAAGGAAGAAAGAGAAGAAAAAGUAGAGGGUAUUGACAUGAGUAAAGAAACUAUUAAUCAAGAUAAAGUGCCAACUAAAACAGAUAUCAAUACAAGCUUAAAUAUAGAAAAAAUUGAUGACAGUCCUCUAGAUGUUGAUAAAGAGCUAAAGGAAGAAAGAGAAGAAAAGGUAGAGGAUAUUGAAAUGAGUAAAGACAUCAAUACAAGCUUAGAUAUAAUAGAAAUUGUGGACAGCCCUCUGUAUGUUCAUAACGACCCAUUAUGUAAAGAAGAUACAACAAAUGUACAGAGUUUUCAAAUGUCUAAAGAGUCAAAGAAAGAAAGAGAAGAAAAGGUAGAGGAUAUUGAAAUGAGUAAAGACAUCAAUACAAGCUUAGAUAUAAUAGAAAUUGUGGACAGUCCUCUGUAUGUUCAUAACGACCCAUUAUGUAAAGAAGAUACAACAGAUGUGGUACAGAGUUUUCAAAUAUCUAAAGAGCUAAAGGAAGAAAGAGAAGAAAAAGUAGAGGGUAUUGAAAUGAGUAAAGAAACUAUUACUCAAGAUGAAGUACCAAAUAAAGGAGACAUCAAUACAAGCUUAAAUACAAUAGAAAUUCCGGAUAGUCCUCUGUAUGUUGAUAACGACUCAUUGGAGGUAGAGGAUAUUGAAAUUAGUAAAAGAACUAUUAAUCAAGAUGAAGUACCAAAUAAAGGAGACAUCAAUACAAGCUUAAAUAUAAUAGAAAUUGCAGACAGUGAUCAGUCUGUUGAUAACGACUCAUUGGAGGUAGAGGAUAUUGAAAUUAGUAAAAGAACUAUUAAUCAAGAUGAAGUACCAAAUAAAGGAGACAUCAAUACAAGCUUAAAUAUAAUAGAAAUUGCAGACAGUGAUCAGUCUGUUGAUAACGACUCAUUAGAGGUAUGUAAAGGAGGUGCAAAACAUGUGGUGCAGAGUUUCCAAAUAUCUAAAGAGCUAAAGGAAGAAAGAGAAGAAAACGUAGAGGAUAUUGCAAUGAGUAAAGAAACUAUUAAUCAAGAAGAAGUGCCAAAUAAAAGAGAUAUUCAUACAAGCUUAAAUAUAGUAGAAAUUGACGAUAGUACUCUGAGUAUUGAUAACAACCCAUUAGAAGUAUUUAAAGAAGGUGCAACAGGUAUCUUACACAAAUUUCAAGUGUCCAACAAGCAAAAGGAUGAAAUAGAAACUAAAGAACAAGAGACUGAAACGAAUCAAGAAAUUGUGAAUCAAAGAGAAUUCGAACAAGACCAUCCAAAGAAAAAUGCCGAUGAAGAUUCGUUGGACUGUUUAAAUAAAACAAAACAUGCUCCAGUACCAGCUUCCAACGACAUCUCAAAUGAAACGGAUCUGAGCAAAAAUUUAAAGGAACGAGUGGGUAAAUCCGUAUGUAUUGAAAAUGAAAAAAUCCCUAUGGAUGUUACUUCUCAAUGUGAUAAGGAGAAAGAAUCUCAAACUUCUAAUAUAAUUGCAGAUAAAACUAGAAAUGAUUUAGAUGUUGAUACAAACACUGAAAAUAAUGAUAAUUCGCAAUUUAUUGGAUCAUCAACUUCGACAAUCGUCGUAGAACCUGGUAAACCUUCCUGUGACCAAACAAAACAUGCUCCAGUAUCAUCUUCUAACGAGAUCCCAAAUGAAACAGAUUUGACUAAAAAUUUGAAGGAACGAUUCAACAUAUCCGUAUAUUUUGAAAAUGACAAAAUCCCUAUGGAUGUUACUUCUCGAUGUGAUACGGAGAAAGAACCUCAGACUUCUACCAUAAUCGAACAUAAAAGAAAUGAUUUAGAUGUUGAUACAAACAUCGUGGAACCUGGUAAAGCUACCACUGACCAAACAAAACAUGCUCCAGUAUCCGCUUCUAACGACAUCUCAAAUGAAACGGAUCUUAGCAAAAACUUGAAGGAACGAGUGGACAAAUCCGUAUGUAUUGAAAAUGACAACAUCCCAAUGGAUGUUACUUCUCAAUGUGAUAAGGAGGAAGAAUCCGAUACUUCUAAUACAAUUGAAGAUAAUAUUAGAAAUGAUUUAGAUGUUGAUUCAAAUACUGAAAAUAAUCAUAAUACGCAAUUUAAUCGGCCAUCAAUUUCGACAAACGUCGUGGAACCUGGUAAAUGUCCCACUGACCAAUCAAAACAUGCUCUAGUAUCAGCUUCUAACGACAUCUCAAAUGAAACGGAUCCGAGCAAAAAUUGCAAGAAUGAAUUGCAGUUAAGUAAAAUUGAUCCAUUAAUUCCUAAUGUGUGUUCCAACAGUACAAAAGAACAUUCCAGAGACUUUGGUAGGGUUUUAGAUAAAUUGAAAGAAAUCCAUAAAAAGCCGAAUGAAUACAUAUAUGUAGCAUAUUCAAUUGAAGAUUUUGUAUCUGCGUAUGAAUUAGAACAAAAUGCUUCCGGACGUUCUCAUUCUGAUCCACCUCCUACAAUGAUGGCCACAGAUAUCACCUUACCGACAAGCGAUAUGAAACUGAAAUGUAACCAAUCAUUCAAUAACAAUCCCAUGGAAAUACCUAAUGAUAAUUCGCAAUUUAAUCAGUCAUCAACUUCGACAAACAUCGUGGAACCUGGUAAAGCUCCCACUGACCAAACAAAACCUGCUCAAAUAUCAGCUGGUAAUGACAUCUCGAAUGAAACGCAUUUGAGCAAAAAUUUAAAGGAACGAGUGGACAAAUCAAUAUGUAUUGAAAAUGACAAAAUCCCAAUGGAUGUUACUUCUCCAUGUGAUACGGAGAAAGAUUCUCAGAUUUCUAUAAUUGAACGUAGAUAUAGAAAUGAUUUAGAUGUUGAUACAAACACUGAAAAUAAUGAUAAUACGCAAUUUAAUCGGCCAUCGGCUUCGACAAACGUCGUAGAACCUGGUACACCUCCCACUGGCCAAACACAACAUGCUCCAGUAUCAGAACGAUUGAACAUAUCCGUAUGUAUUGAAAAUGACAAAAUCCCUAUGGAUGUUACUUCUCAAUGUGAUAAGGAGAUAGAAUCUCAGACUUCUACUAAAAUUGAAGAUACAAUUAGAAAUGAUUUAGAUGUUGAUACAAAUACUGAAAAUAAUGAUAAUGCGCAAUUUAAUACGCCAUCAACUUCUACAAACGUCGUGGAACCAGGUAAACCUUUAUGUGACCAAACAAAACAUGCUGCAGUAUCAGCUUCUAACGAAAUCCCAAAUGAAAUGGAUCUGAGCAAAAAUUUGAAGGAAGGAGUGAACAAAUCUGUAUGUAUUGAAAAUGACAACAUCUCUAUGGAUGUUACUUCUCAAUGUGAUAAGGAGAAUGAACCUCAGACUUCUACCACAAUUGAAGAUAAAACUAGAAAUGAUUUAGAUGUUGAUACAAACACUGAAAAUAGUGAUAAUGCGCAAUUUAGUGUGCCAUCAACUUCUACAAACAUUGUGGAACUUGGUAAAUCUCCUACUGACCAAACAAAACAUGCUCCCGUUUCAGCUUCUAACGAGAACCCAAUUGAAACCGAUCCGAGCAACAAUUUGAAGGAACGAGUGAACAAAUCUGUAUGCAUUGAAAAUGACAAAACCCCAAUGGAUGUUACUUCUCAAUGUGAUAAGGCGAAAGAAUCUCAGACUUCUAUAAUUGAAGAUACAAUUAGAAAUGAUUUAAAUAUUGUUACAAACACUGAAAAUAAUGAUAAUUCGCAAUUUAAUAACUCAACUUCUACAAACGUCGUGGAUCCAGGUAAACCUUCCUGUGACCAAACAAAACAUGCUCCAGUAUCAUCUUCUAAGAACAUCUUGAAUGAAACGGACCUGACCAAAAAUUUAAAGGAACGAGUGGACAGAUCAGUAUGUAUUGAAAAUGACAAAAUCCCUAUGGAUGUUACUUCUCAAUGUGACAAGGAGAGAGAACCUCAGACUUCUACAAUAAUUGAAGAUAAAACUAGAAAUGAUUUAGAUGUUGAUACAAACAUCGUGGAACCUGGUAAAGCUACCACUGACCAAACAAAACAUGCUCCAGUAUCAUCUUCUAACGACUUCUCAAAUGAAACAGAUCGGAGCAAAAAUUUGAAGGAACGAAUGGACAUAUCCAUUGAAAAUGACAAAACCCCAAUGGAUGGUGCUUCCCAAUGUGAUAAGGAGAAAGAAUCUCAGACUUCUAUAAUUGAAGAUAAGAUUAGAAAUGAUUUAGAUGUUGAUACAAACACUGAAAAUAAUGAUAAUUCGCAAUUUAAUAGCCCAUCAACUUCUACAAACGUCGUGGAACCAGGUAAACCUUCUUGUGACCAAACAAAACAUUCUCCAGUAUCAACUUGUAACGAUAUCCCAAAUAAAACAGAUCUGAGCAAAAAUUUAAAGGUACCUGUCAACAUAUCCGUAUGUUUUGAAAAUGACAAAAUCCCUAUGGAUGUUACUUCUCAAUGUGACAAGGAGAGAGAACCUCAGACUUCUACAAUAAUUGAAGAUAAAACUAGAAGUGAUUUAAAUGUUGAUACACACACUGAAAAUGAUGAUAAUGCGCAACUUAAUCGCCCAUCAACGUCGACAAACAUUGUGGAACCUGGUAAACCUUCCACUGACCAAACAGAACAUGCUCCCGUAUCAGCUUCUAACGAGAUCCCAAAUAAAACAGAUCUGAGCAAAAAUUUGAAGGAACGAGUAGACAUAUCUGUAUGUAUUGAAAAUGACGAAACCCCCAUUGAUGGUACUUCCCAAUGUGAUAAGGAGAGAGAACCUCAGACUUCUACGAUAAUUGAAAAUGAAACCAAAAAUGAUUUAGAUGUUGAUACAAACACUAAAAAUGAUAAUAAUUCGCAAUUUAAUCGCCCAUCAACUUCGACAAACAUCGUGGAACCUGGUAAACCUUCCACUGACGAAGCAAGUCUGGCAAAGUUUUUUGCUAGCAUGUUGGGAAGUCAAGAUAAACACGAAAAGAAGACUGCCUUACAUUAUCUUAUUAACACGUUCUCCGAAACUUUCAGUCCAAAGGAAUUACAUAAAAUAAAUAAAAUUUUUGAUGACGAGUAUAAAGACAGUUCUGAUGAGGAAAGUUCUUUUAAGAUAAAAAAGAAUAUUGCACAAGAAAAAAUAAAAGGCGAUGAUAUAAUCGUAAUAAAAGAUGAGGAUACUACGCAUGAAGAAGACAGUUUUGAUGAGGAACUUCCAAUUAAGACCAAUAUAUCUAUGAUAGACAACGAUAUAAUAAAAGAUCAGGAUACUGCACAUGCAAUGGUAAUUAAAAAGGAUAAACUAGAACAAAGAAAAAAAUGUUAUGCGGCUAAACAUAUUGACGAAGUUAAAGGUGACUUAUUGAGUAACAAAACUGCAGUAAGUGAAGACAUUUUGGAAGAUGCAGCCCAUUACAUGGAUCAAGGAAGUGAGGUGUUAGAAGAAAACUUGAAAUCAAAGAUAGAAACUAUUUUAGCAGAUAAGCCUAGGAAAAAGAGAGGAUCAGAAUUGGAUAGACUUCACGAAGACAUUCGAGAAAUGUUUAUUAGAGACGAUGUCUUAACUGCAUCUGGUAAGCGAAUGUGCCAUAUGUUGAAAGACAUAGGUUCUAUUGCGACAACAAACACUGAAAACAUUGAAAAUAAUACAGAAAUAGAAGUUUUCCAAACGCCUAAAAAAGUUCGACCCAAAUGUAAAAAUAAAAAACUGAAAACUAUGAAAGAUUUGAGUGUUGUAGAAUGCAAUGAAGCCUCUACAAGUGCUGGGCUCUCAAAGUCUAUUGAAUAUUCUAAUGAAGAAAUGGAUUAUGUUUCGGGCGACUGUCAGAAUGUUGAAUUAUUAAAACGAAAACAUCCAGAUAGUUCGUUUGUUGGUAUAAUUAUAAAAAAGAAUAAAAUACAAAACUUGGACGAAGUAACUCAGCCAAAAUUAACAGAUAUAGCGGACACUACUGCCGUUUCUUAUGAAAAUAAAAUGGACAGUUCUUAUCACACUAUAAUUUCUGAUAAUGAAAAUGCCAGUAAACAUCAAGAUUGUCAGAACCAGAGCUCAGAAGAAAGUGUAAUCAGCAAUGCGGUUUAUAUCUGUGAAGCAACUAUUGCAAGUGAGGAAAAUGAGAAAACUAAUGAAACAGCUCAACCAUCUCUUAUAAAUCCACAAAUACAGCUUACUACAGCAGCUGCCGCGAACUUAAGAUUGAUGAAUUUAGAAAAAGAAGCUACAAACUAUCAGGAAACCAUGCUCAAGUUUCUGAAAGAAGUAGAAAGUCCUCAUUGUGGUCCAAAACCUUCUGGUUUAGUUCAUACUUAUUCCUAUAAUGAAUUAGAGCAAUAUGGACGGACUCAUACUCGAAUUGAAGCGGACAAAGGUUCGAUGAUAACUCAAUCACAGUUGGAUACAAAUCUUAAGCCAAAAUCGGUAUUUAAACCAUACCGAUGUGUACCAGGCUGCCAAUUGGAAUUUUUGUUUAUAAAUGAAUUUGCCGAUCAUAUUGCGACAGCACACAAGAAAAACAAUAUUCUGAUUUGUGGGCAUGAAUCUUGUGCUCGUCAGGUGAAGCCUAAAGACAUCUCAAGACACUGGUCAGUGUGGCAUAAUGUGUCAGUGUAUCAAUGCAGCUAUUGCAGGAGCAACUCGAAUGAAAUCAAUACUAUGAACUAUCAUUUAUCAGUUACACAUCCAAAUCUUAAGCCAGAAAUAAUCGCUAGAUUUCUGAGUCCCAGAUUGCCAUAUUACGUGUUUUAUACACCCGAAGCAUUUACUAAAUUAAGAAAAAUCGUUGAUAUACCAAAUAUACCAUCGGAGAACACAGAGACGAAGACACAAUCUCUAAGUAGACCAAGUGUGAUAAUGCCUUCACCACAGAAUAGUUCAACGACGGAAUCAAAUAUUAAUUCAGUCGGUGAUAAUAGAUCAACGUUAUUAUCAACGCCUACUACAUCAAAAGCUAUACCCAAUUCUUCAACACCAUUAACAGAUUCUUCAAAUGUUACCUCGUUGAUAGAAGCACUAUUGCCAACAACCCCAGUUGAUCAACCAUUACAUAGGACAGUUUUAGAAGAAUCCUCAUCAUCCUCAUCAAAUCUGAAAACUUUAACCCCGUGUGAUCUGCCCGAUUACUAUUUAUUUAAAUGUGCAAGUUGUACCUUUCCGUGUUCAACCUUAGUAGAUUUUAAGAAACACGUUACUAAAUCUGAAGAAUGUAAAAAUAAGGAUAAUCCAAACAAACCGUUUGUAUGCGUGCAUUGUAAGAAGUGCUAUAAAAACGUUACAACGCUUUGUGUGCAUAUACAGAAUCAUGGUAUUUCACGAUUUUCCUGUUCUGUUUGUGCAACUAAGUUUCGUACUUUUAAACAAGGACGAUCGCAUAUGAAACGGCAUAUACAACUUGUACCUACAGGAGCAAAUGGCGGAGAGUCUAUAGCUAUUGAACCGCAUCUAUUAAAAAUUGAACAACCACACGUUUACUAUCCUGAUGAUAUUGGUAAAAUUCCCUUGCAGUCGAUAUUCAGCACAGAUCUGAGAUGUGGAGCCUGUCCAUACACUACAAAAGUUAGAAUGAAUAUGACCAGACAUCUGCAGUUUCAUUUAAAAAAAAUACCGGUACCAAAUUCUGUCAACUUUCCGAAUUUCGUAUCAUCAUCUUUACGGUACAGUUGCUGUGCUAAGGAUUGUAAAUACAUUUGUCCUGAAGAGGAAAACCUGCGCCAUCAUUUUACGGUACUUCAUAAUCAAGAACUUCAAUUUACCUGUGUUCAUUGUAAAAUCAAUUUGAACGCUGAUGCCAAUGAUGUAAUUAAUCAUCUGAACCUGCAUGGCUCACAGUUAUAUAAAUGCCAAUAUUGUCACUAUCUCCACAAUCUUAAAGAUGGCGUCGAAAGACAUAUUAAGGAUAAACACGCAGGUUUUCCAUUUAGAGUUAUGGCGUUAAGGUGCUUAGAAUCACAACCGACAGUUGUUGAAGGUAAUGCGGAGAAUGAUCCAAUAUCUGUUACUGUUACAAGCUUAUUGGACAUUACUCCAAUCAGGGAGGACACUAUUCCAAUCAGGGAGGACACUAUUCCAAUCAGGGAGGACACUAAUCCAAUCAGAGAAGGCACUACUCCAACCAGAGAGGACACUACUCCAAUCAUAGAAGACUCUACUCCAAUCAUAGAAGACUCUACAAAUGCUCGACCUGUGAGACCUAGUAUGCUGUUUGAUGAAUCAUCGUCUAUUCCUACGGAGAGCUUGCAGCAGGAAACAGAGAUAUCUACACCUACGCAUUCAAGAAAUAUUACUUCUCAAGAAUCACCAACUCCUAUGGAUACUUUAUCAUCUACGAAAUCUAUCAUUAUCGAUGACAUGAUUGAUCGAAUAAAUCAAAUAAUGAGGACUGAUGUAAAUGAUGCUAUUAAUAUUUCUAAUGUAGAAAAUUUGGCCGUUAAGCCAAAACAGAAAGAUGUCCAGGACGUACCGCAUGAAGAAUCUAUCUCUUCUUUGCUUAAAAGAUUUCAUGAGUCACGACUGGAGUUUUUCAGAUCUACAGUUAUACCUUCGAAAAUAAUGACUCCUUACAUCAAGGAGAUGGCAGAUAGUUUAGAAAACCCACUUUAUGCAGAAUCUGACGAAUCUGAGGAUCUGAUUGACCGAAUAAAUAAAUUAAUGAGAUCUGAUGUAAGCGAUAUCAUUAUUCUCUCUGACGAUGAAGAUGAUGAUAUCAAAGAUAUUAAUAUGAAUGAAAAUAUUGGUACCGAAGAUGAAUUUGGCCAACAGAGUUUGAUAAAAUCAUUCGGCAAGUUCGGUCUCCCUUUCGUAAAGCAACUGAAAUGUCCCAAAUGUAACAAUUUUAAAUCCAGACGCAUGUCUGAUUUUAUUUUCCAUGUUUUUCGAGAAAACGAAACCAACAGAUUUGGUUGUAAUAUAUGUUCUGCUGUGAGUAUUACAUACAGUUGUAUGUAUAAACAUGUACAGACGCUGCAUAAACCAUUCGAUGCUAGUAAUAUAAUUUCUUUACCUAAAAAUCCACGAUUAGAAGUAUGGUUACAAAUAUUACUCAGAACACAGUGUGCUGCGAUUAUUGGUAGUUCAGCCAUGCCUCAAGAAAUUUCUCCGGACAAUAGUCUUAACAAAAUGUUAUGUCGACUCUGCUAUAAAUGGUUCAAAUCUGAAGACGAAAACGAACACAUAAUGUUCCACUGGACAUCUCUACCAUUUAAAUGCAGCGAUUGUAGAUUUGAAGCGUACACACGAGAUCAUGUGCUCCAGCAUCAUAUUGCUGCAUCCCACGGAACAGGAGCUUCUAUAAUCGAAGCUGGUCCAACCGUCGCCAAUGAACUUGAGUAUUUUGAUUUUUUGGACACGAGAAAAGUCGAAGAGGAAAGUUCAAAUUUGACGGCAUAGUUAGUAGCGAUCCAAAAAUUGGUUGUUUUUGUUACUUUAUUAUCUUUUAUUAUUUAGGUUGUUAUAGAUGUAUGUACAUGAAUAAACAAGCAAAAUUAAGUAUUACUAAUUAAGUAUUACUAUGGUUGGGACAGUAUAAAAACCGUUGCACGUCAUUAUCUACGUCAGAGGUCUCAGUUGACAUUGUUGCCAAAUUACAAAAAUUCCUGAAUUAAUUUUAAAUCAAAUAUAUCACAUAAUUAUUGCAGAAGUGGAUUAUAACGAAACAAAUUAAUGUUCUGUAUAUAAAUAAAAAAAAACAUUAGAAAUAGAAAACAAGAAUUAAGUAAUAAUCUUAUGUUAAAGUUAAUAAUAAAAGCAAUAAAUAUAACACUUACAGUAAAUAAUAAAAACAAAUCAACACCGCAACUGUCAAAUAAGUGUUACCAAUUUAAGCCAAAAUGUCACCUUCGUUCGAUCGCAGUUAAAUUGUGAUCCGAACAAAUGUGCUUUAUAAAAACGUUUUAUAUUCCACUUAUACAAAUUAAGUGAAACAAGAUAUGGUAAAUUUCUUUAAGUUUACAUUGAUAGAAAGUGGCUGUAAUUCCAGUGUACUUGGAUAAACGAUUCUAAAAAGUACAUACCUACGACUUAACAUUUUGUGUUGGUAUCAUGUGACGUCACUUGCUAUGACGCGGAUGACGUACAACGGUUUUUAACUGUACGAACCAUAUAUAAAUCUGAUUGUGAGAAAGUACAAAACAAAAAGAAAAUGUUGAAGAUACUAUUUUUUGAAAUAUGUUAAUAAUUUACACAAUUUUUCUAAGGAUUUUACUAGGUUUAGUUUACUAAAACUUUCGAAAUAGUGUCUCUUGGAAGUAUAUUCAAAUUCAUAGUCCAGGGCGAAUCUGUUUUGAGAUGGACGUUGAGAGGUGACUCAUAUUUUUCCAUAAAUUGCUUGGAAUUAACUCAUAUAAUAAUAAUUGAGGUAUCCUCCCACUCAAAAAGUUCCGGAACGUUGUUUAAAAUGUCAAAAAUUGAAGGAAAAAUUCGUUUUUUGAUUAUAACUUUAAAAGUAUUCACUUCAGAGAAAAAUUACACUAACAUAAAAGUUGCGUAAUUAAAUUUACUACAAUAUACGAUUGGUUAAAACUUUUAAAAGUUGUCACCUUAUUGCCAAAUAGAAAUAAUUGCGAAAAAACCAUAAAAACACAAGUAUUUGCAUUUUACGUUUUUCAACCAUUUAUGCUACACUUAGGACCUUCAUGUUAUACCCAAAAAAACAUUAUGGUAUAAUACAACAAUACUGUAAAUUUGAUUAAGAUUGGUUUAAUAGAUUUUGCAAAAUAAAUUUUUAAAUCCAGGUUUCGCAAAAAAUAAUCAUUUUUUUCAAAAUGUUGCAGGACUGAAAAUAAAGCAGAUAGCAAGUUGAAAAAUUGUUUACAUAUAGAAGAAUACUGUACCUUUCAUUUGCAAUUUGUAAAAUUAAAAUCGAUUAACUACCACGGCGUCAAGAAUUUUUUUAAAUAAAAAUUAAUUUUUGGUGCUACGCGCAGGACAGUGGUGUUCGAUUCACACAAGUUCAUUUCCACCAAAAUUUCUUUAAAUGUUUAUAUAAUAUAUUAUUUUCUAACUCUAUAUUUUGUUGUAUUUUAAUAUUUUAAUUCCACAAAAAUCAAACUAAUUUGAUUAUUAUUUGUGAAAUAUUGUUUAAACAAUUGAAUAUGUUUAAAAAUAAUAAACUUUUUCCGCAAAUCGCCAGGAAAUUUUGACAUUCGUGUCAAAAUUUCUUGAAGAAAAAGUCAGGACUUCCUUACUGUAAGGAAAUGAUAUUUCCGUACAGUUGUUAGUGUUCUACAUAAAUGAUAGAAAAUUAUUAAUAAUCCAUAAAACGUCUGUAUGCAUUUUCGUACUUUUCUCUUGAUUUCUUUGGCAAUAAUUCUAAUGAAGCAGUAUUCACUGCCUCAACCAGCUCUGGAGGAGUCCCAGGAAUGGAAAUUUCAUCAUCACUUAUCAUUUUACUUUCGAGAACACCAGCAAUUAAAUUUAUAAGCGUCAAGUUUGACAAUUUAAAAAAAAAAAAACCUCAAUACGUUUCCAUAGUAACCCAAGUAAUUUUAUUAGGAAUUUCAAAGCACCAUUUAUUUGGGAAUAAAAUUAUCGCGUUUUUUUUAAAUCAAUCAAUAUCUGUCGAAUUUUAAACGAUUUGCGGAAAAAUAGUAUGUUUACCUCGUAGGAAAAGCCACAUUCCUGGACUCUGUGUUGCUAAGUCUCGGCUUGCGCCUCGACUUAGCAAUCUUCACAGUCGUCCAGGAAUGUUAAGCUUUUCCUACCCGGUAAACAAUGUACUAUUAUUCUCUAAGAAGGACAAAGUAUGUGUUUUUAUUUUGCAAUAAACAAAUUUAUUUAUCUAUAUCGAAAUGUACUAAAAAUUACAAUUUAUCAAUCAUUAUCAAAGGUUAUUGAAAUGCUCAAUCAGAGCAAACGUAUCCGCUGUCCUGCGCGUAGCACCAAAAAUUAAUGUUUAUUUAAAAAAAAUCCUGACGCUGUAGUAGCUAACCGAUUUUAAUUUUAAAAAUUGCAAAUUAAAGGUACAGUAUUAUUCUAUAUGUUAAAAAAAAACAACUUACUGUCUGCUUUAUUUUCAGUCCUGUAACAUUUAAAAAAAUGAAUUUUUUUUGCGAAAGCUGCAUUAAAAAAUAUGUUAAACUGAUCUUAAUUAAAUUUAGAGUGUUGUUUUAUUAUAUCAUAAAGUUUUUGUGGGUAAAAUAUGAAGGUCCUAAGUGCAGCAUAAAUGGUUGAAAAACGUAAAAUGCGAAUACUUGUUUUUUUUAUGGUUUUUUCGCAAUUAUUGCUAUUUUGCAAUAAGGGUGACAAUUUUUUAUAUUUGUGCAAGUUUUCUCGGAAAUGAAUACUUCUAAAGUUAUAAUCAAAAAACUAAGAAAAAAAUCGAAUUUUUGCUUCUUUUUUUGAUAUUUUGAUUAUUUAAACAAUGUUCCGGACCUUUUUGAGCAGAAGUAUAACUCAAAUAUUAUAUGAGUUAUUUCCAAGUAUUUUCUGCAAAAAAAUAUGAGUCACCUCUCAACAUCCAAAUGUACUAAUAUCUUUACAGAUGCGCCCUGGUCUAUCAUUCAGUUUUUGAAUUAGCUUUUCGUAUAUCACAUUCUUCAAAAUUUUAUCACAAAAAUUUGAAGGAUGUGAUAUUCAUAUCUUUAUAUCUUCCAUAUUUCGACAACUGACAACAUGCAGUAAUACACUUAUACUCAAUUUCUCUAUUACAUUAUAAAUUUGCCCAUUUUAAAGAAACACAUGUUUUACAGCACAUGUUUAUAAGAACACAUGUUAAUAACAUGGUGCAACAUUUGCGCAAGACUACUAGAAUUAAUUUCAAAUUUUAGACUUUAUUAGAAAUAAUUUCAAACGCAUUUGCCACAAAUGUAUUUGAAAUAAAAUCAGACACUGUACUACUGUCGGUAGAAUAACCUUGAAUUGGCAAUUUUAUCGCAAAUGUAUAUUACAAAUUCGAUUGUUGUCAAGCAACCAUAGAUAGGUUUAAAGAGGUUUGGCCUAUUCCUCUGCGACCUUUUCAGAUCUGUUGUGGUCUUUUAAUCAUAGAUUACAUUCUCUAGCCUGACACUUUAAUCUUUAAAAGGUCUAAUAGCUUCUAGACUAAACCUUCCAUGUAACUAUUUGCGGGUGGAUUUUUUUCUCGUAAUGUAAAUCUGUUUCUUCUUCCAGGUGACAAUCUGCACAGGUCAUCAUCUGACAAUCCCAUCAGCUUGAAGUGCCUAUUCAGCUUACAGUGCCCUGUUAGCAGACACACUAUGGCUUUGACUGUUUCCCUGUCUUUGCUUAUUAGGUAUGUCGUAAAAUUUGGCGAAUCCCAAGUAGCACAAUAAAACAUUUUAGUUUUAUUUAAGGUUUAUAAAGGUUUUAUUGUGGUAAAUAAGAAGAUAAUGGUUUUAAAGUUACCUUGUAGAUAUACUGCCAGAACUUUAAAACUGUUAAGCAUUUGUCACUAGUUUUAAAGUAUCUAAUAAGAGUAUCAAAUAAGACUAAUUAAUCUUAAUAGAUAAUUUGUCUUAUUGUAGUUUUAAAAUGGUUUGUUCUCAGUUCACUUUAAAACUAAUCAGUUUUAUGAAGAACAUCCGAACUGUUUGGUUUUAUUAGAUUCUAAUUCGUGACCUUUUAGUUUUAUUGCAGUUUUAAAGAUUCUCCUAAUAUGACUAAUAAAACCUAUUAUUAAAUUGAUCUCAAGACUAUUAUGUCAGUAAAACAUAUGCCCUUAAACUAUUUUUUAGUUUUCUUUAAAGUUGCUUUUUUAAAAGCGAUUAUUAGGCUGUAUUAAAACCAAACGCUCUUAACUGAAUCAAUUUGAUUGUAGUAAAGACUAAACUAUGCUUCUUGUUAGAAACAAUAAAACUAAACUCAUCCCCUCUUCUUUCAUGUCCACAAUGGUCGGCCGUUUUAGAGCGACACAGUGGUGUAGUGUGUUGUAAAAAGUUGAAGUACAGUUGUAUGAAAGAAAUAAAUCGGAAGUACUUAAAAUAUCAACAAACUGGUCAAUACGGCUUAUUUUUUAAAGAAUACAACACACACAGCACUACGGCGCCUCGAUUUGAAGGUUUGACUCACAUUAAAAUUGAGUGGCAUUAUUGACAGCAACAUUAAAACUAAAUGGUUUUAAUUCCAAGGUAACCUUGCUUUUAUGUAGGAUAGAGGCUCUUCGAAAGGCAUAAAAUAAAACCAUUUGAUCUUAACAAUUCUCUGUCGAUAGACUAAAUAGUUAUAUUUGGUUUUUGGCCAUAUUGCUUUCUGGAGAUGCUGACAGCCAUGAUAGAUUACAAUAUAAGGCUUACAUAAAAAUUAUAAAUAAGCGACUUAAAGACAUAAAUUCGAUUUAUUUUAACAUUAAAACAUUAAAAUUGUAGAUAAAAUUAUUUUUCUUUCAAAUUAAUAUUUUUCGGAUUUAAAUUGUUCUAUUAUUAUUAUUUUUUAAUCGCCAAAAGUCAGAUAUUUUAGGGCGCAUGAGUUAUUUAUACGUAUUUUUGUUAACAUUAUCAAUAAAGUUGGGCGCGCAAGUGUUUUUCUACCUUGACAGUCCGAAAUAACCAAGUACUUUUUAUUAUUUUAUGGUUGCAAAUACGUAUCUACCUGUCAUAACACAUGUAAAUAUUUGUUGGCCUAUAUGGAGUAUAUGGGUUUAAAGAAUCGUUUAAUAUGGCAAAUUGUCUUUAAAAGUCUCCAUUUAAGAAACCUUUUUAAGUUUGCUAUAAAACUGCAUGAACUUAAACUGUCUUUUAACGUGGUUUUAAAAGCACCUUCACAGCAGCUUUAAAACCAGUUGCUUAGGAAAACAAAGUUUUAAAAAGAUUUUUAUUUUUGGUUUUAUUGACCUCUUUCAGUGUGGGCCCUUUUAUGCUGAAAGCGGUUUUAUUGUAACCUUAAGGUUUACUUAAAAACCAAAUGGUUUUAAUUUUAGUUUUAUUCUACAGUUUUAAAGCAUCCUUAAAAGACUUAAUAAACCCGUUCGGUGCUAUUUGGGAUGUUCUGUGAUGAACUGUUUUGCCUGUCUUUGUCCUGGUGAAUUCCUCCACCAUUCCAAAGAUUUAUAAGUUACCCACUUUCUUGUAGCCAUUCUUGUAACUGCCUUUGCAACGCCGCAGAAGGGUUCCGGUCCAACGAAUGGCGUUAAUGAGCCUCGUUUGGCCAUUUCAUCUGCUUUUUCAUUGCCCGUAUGACACUUGUGCCCCGGUACCUAGAACACCGUAACCUUGCUACGGUCGUCUAGUUUAUUUAGGGCACACACACACAGUCUCAUACUAGCUUAGAAUUGACCUCUACAGAAUUGAGUGCCGUAAGUGCUGCCUGACGGUCGGUGAAGAUGGCAAUCUGCCUUUCUAUUUGAUGCCCAUAUUUCCGCCUGAAAAAUUGUGACAUCCUAUGCAACCAUACGUCAAACAACAUCGAAUUUGUAGAAUUUAUUUUUAAAACAAGCACUAGUGAAAUUUGUGGCAAAUGUCAUUUUAAGUUUUAUUUUUUAAACCGUUCUAAAAAUUUCGUCAAACGGCUACAUAUUGGAAUAACUUUACAUGGCAGUUUUACAUGGCGCUUACUAACACGUCGAUGAGAAAAAUCAUACAACUCCCGUUGGUUUUUUAAGCUAGAGAACUAAUAAUUAAUAAAAUAUUAUUUUUGUGCAAUACGCUUAUUCCCUCCAAAUUUUAUAGGCCUGGAUCCCGCGUACCAAUAAAAAGUUUAUUAAUGUCCGACUCAUAUAUUAUUUGACAAAUAAUGACAUGGUUUCGAACUCAGUUAAGCAUGAUAUAAUGCCCUAGGGCAAUAUUUUGAAAAAUAACGCCCUAGUGUAUUAAAUUUAAAUAAAUAGUUAAAUACUGUCAGGUUGACAGAUAUCAACCUAAGUAAUACUAUGGUUACCACAAUUACAAUACGACUAUUACUAGUAAAUGUACUUAUUUGAAAACUAAUUAAUUCAAAAUCCAUUCAACUUUUUUGCAUAAAGAAUGAUUUAGUCGGUCAUUAAACGUUGAAGGCCCCACGGGUAUUAUAGAUAAUAACGCUUUCGGUCAACGUUUAUCUUUCGGGCCAAAGGCCCUCGGUAUAUACACCAUUCACCUCAAGCGUUAUUAUCCUUAUAAUACCCUUGGUACCUUAAUAACUAUAAUAGCAAGCUGAAAAUUUGUUAAUAGCUUAAUGGUGUCUAGUCGGACAAACUUUGAUGUACGGGAACACUGGAACAGGGAAAGUUUUAGUUGUGGAACAGGUUACAGGUUUAGAACGUUAGACUACGAAAACGUCCCAUAUAUUUUGUCGGGCAGAACUAUAAAUUGAUUUGUUACCCUUUCAUUAAACUCUCAUACAAAAAUCAGACUGCCAUUUAUCGCCUGUCAUAAUUCCUAUCAUUUGACAUGUUCUAGUCGGACUUAUUAAAAUGGCCCAACAUAUCAGUCGGACAAACAUUUUUCCAUAUAUUAUAUAAAGUUUGUUAUUGAAUAAACUUAACAACCAGCUAGUUUUCACAAUCAUAAUCUUGUCAGGAUGACACGUUCCACAAUUAAAGCUUCCCCUGUUCAAGUGUUCCCAUACAUCACAGUUUGUCGACUAGACAUCGUUAAGCUAUUAACAAAUUUUCAGCGUGCUAUUAAUAAACUUUUUUUUGGUACACAGGAUCCAUGCCUAUUAAUAAAAAAUCGUUUUUGUGCAAUACAUUUGUUCCUUCUUAACAACAACCAUUACAAUAUGUUUGUUUUGAAUCUGUUUUGUAAUGGUUGUUCUUAACAUCCGUUUCGUUGAUUUUUUUAUUUAGAUUUUAUCCCAAUCAGACACAUCAAUGGCCUAUACCUGAAUGUGUCUGCAGCAAGUCUUCUAGUGCCUUUUACUUGCCAUUUUGUUUUUAGUGAUACUACUUUAAUAUUAAUUUAAUGAUGAUAUUAUUUAUAUGACGAUCAUAUAAAUACGAGUAUGAUAUCAAAAGUAUUAAUACAUGACAAAUAAUUAAAGUGUUUUUUUUAAGUUUACUGUUUGGAUUUUAGCUAUAACCAAAGAUUUUUAUUGUUCUCAUUAUUACGUGAGUGCUGUAAAGAACUGAGUAGAUAUGUUAACUUUUCGAACUAUUAUUUACAGUUAUUACUAUUAUUAAGUUAAGUAUUACAUUAAUCGUUUAUAUUUUUACUUUAAUCAUUUUAUAUUUUUUACAUUAAAAUUAAAUGAAGUAUA